AUGGGGAACACUUUCCUCAACUCGGUUCUUCUCAUCAUCUUUCAUUUUUCCGUGGCUACUUUCUCCAUGAAUUUAACCUCCAUACUCACAGACCAAUCGGCUCUUCUUGCACUGAAAGACCUUGUUACCCACGAUUCUAAAAAUAUAUUGGCAACUAAUUGGCCUGCCUCCACUGCCGUUUGCAAUUGGUUUGGUGUCAGAUGUGGAUCCAGGCACAAUAGAGUCACAACUCUAAACCUUUCCGGUUUACCGGUCCGAUUAUCGAAUUUGCGCCGGCUGAAACAUAUAGACUUUGAUAACAACAGCUUCAUCGGAGAAAUCCCGUCGUGGUUUGGAUCAUUGACUGAACUCCGAGAGCUGUAUCUGCACGUUAACAACUUCAGUGGUAUCAUUCCAUCUUCGUUAGGCUACUUGCCAAAGCUAGAGAAGUUGAGCUUGUAUGAAAACCAGAUUUCAGGUUCAAUACCAUCCCUCCAUCUUCAAUAUAUCUUCGUUGCAAGGUAUUGA